AAACCAGACCCUCUCAAUCGAGAGGACCGUAAAUCGAUGUCAGCCCUUUGCUGUCGUCCAAUAAGUGUUGUAUCAACGGGACAAAACUACGCUGUCAAGAUGUUUUUAACUUCUGCAAUUCGAUCUGUUGUAUCGCAAACGUCCAGGCAGGUCAGGAGUCUGCACCAGUCCGCUGCCAGAGCUGGAGCUGGGGGCAUCUUUGUGCACAGAGACACACCUGACAACAACCCAGAUACUCCAUUUGAGUUCACUGUGGACAACCUGAAGAGGAUUGAUGCUAUCAUUAGUAUGUACCCAGAGGGCCACAAGCAGGCCGCCACCAUCCCCGUGUUGGACCUGGCUCAGAGACAGCAUGGAUGGCUCCCCAUCUCAGCCAUGAACAAGGUGGCCGAGGUGCUUGAGGUCCCUCCGAUGAGGAUCUAUGAGGUAGCGACGUUCUACACCAUGUUCCUGAGGCAGCCGGUGGGCAAGUACCACAUCCAGAUCUGCACUACAACUCCCUGCAUGCUUUGCGACUCCGACAGCAUCCUGGAGGCCCUCCAGAACAAACUGGGCAUCAAGGUAGGAGGGAUGACUGCAGACAAGAUGUUCUCUCUAAUAGAGGUGGAGUGUCUUGGUGCCUGUGUUAACGCUCCCAUGGUCCAGAUCAACGACAACUACUACGAGGACCUGAGUCCUAAAGACAUUGAUCAGAUCAUUGACGAACUGAAAGCUGGACAAGUCCCUCCUCCUGGACCCAGGAACGGACGUUUCUCCUGUGAGCCAGCAGGUGGACUGACAUCUCUGUCUGAGCCUCCUCCUGGACCUGGUUUCGGUGUUAGAGCUGAUUUAUAAAACACCUGAACAACAGGACGCCCAGGCCCAACUUCACUCGGGUGUUCAAAGUGUAUGAACUUAAUAAUAAUAAUAAUAAUGUAAAUAAAAAUGUCCAUUUAAUUGUG